UUAGCAGAGGAUUGUGGGUGGCAGGGGAGGCAGAGGAGGCAGCAGGGAGGGCGUAUUCAAUGAGCAGGUGCAGCAGGACGACAGCAGAGGCCAGGAGAAGCAGAAACACAAACCACACAUCCAGGAGAGUGAACAGGCGGCAGUGAUGGUGGUGGUGCUGUGGCAGAAUUGGGGUGAACACGUGGGCCGCCAGUUGCCGACUUUCCUGGCCUCGGCAACACUGACGGACGUGACCAUCAGUGUGGGCGCCGCCAGUCUCAAGGCUCACCGCAUCAUCCUCGCCUUCUUCAGCCCCUUCUUCAGAGUAAGAUGCUGGAGGAGGUAUCUGAGGAACGGCCAAUGGUUGUGGUGUUCCCCGGAGUGAAUUUCGAUGCUCUUCACCUGAUUGUCUCCUAUAUGUACCACGGACAGAUCAACGUACCCACAGAAGUCCUACCGUCCGUGAUAGAGCUUGCCAAAAUGCUCAAAGUGAAGGGCCUUAUAGAGCUGCCUGCACAGUUGGAGUCAGUGAUUGGUACUUCAAAUCUCGGAGUGGACCAGAACACACUCACGAACGCACACACUCAAGAUAUCUGCCUGGAGGGGGCGGAGGGUCUGGUAGAGCUGGAGGUAUCAGAGGCAGACCCCCUCACCCCACACCCCCACCCCCCUGACACCACCGCCACCACCGCCACCACCACCAUCACCACCAUAGACCAGCCAGACGCACACGGGAUUGAAGAAGAGGAAGAGGAAGAUGACGGAAUGAAGCUUGGGAGGAGCAGCAUUGUGGAGGAGGAUGUGGUGAGAUUAAGAGAGGAGGAAGAGGAAGAGGAGGAGGAGGAGGAGGAGGAGACCCACCCCCUCCUCUUACCCCCAGAAGCCAUCCACAUCCCCCCAGUGUCACCCCAGCUCACCCCAACCCAUAUUGUUAAGUUGACUGAGGACGGAGAGAUGUUGCUUGAAAAUUACCUCUCCCCCCCCGCCGCCACCACCACCAUCACCACCGCCACUACCACCACUACCACCUCUACCACCACCACCACCACUGCCACUGACGAGCAGCAGGAUGACGACACCACUCCAACAAGGAAGAAGAGGAAAGUUAUACAGAAAUUAGCUAAAUAUGGACCAGAGGAGCUACAGAAGGCCCUGGGGGAGCUGAAGGAAGGGGUGGGGACUUUGAGGGAGGUGGGGGAGCGCUGGGGUGUCCCUCACUCCACCCUGGCCAUGGCGGCGCGGCAGGGUGGGUUGCCGGCCCCCUCCAGACACCCCCACUAUGAUGAACACACUCUGGAGGCCGCUAAGCAGGCGCUGAGAGCUGGGUCAAGUUACCUCAAAGUCUCUCGCGAUUACAACAUCCCAAAGAGCAUUUUGUGGCGCCGCUGCCAGCAGGACGACACGAGGGUGGAGGUGGGGGUGGGGGAGGGUGUGGCCAGCUCCCCCGCACCCCUUGACCCCGAAGCAGGCCCCCAGGAAGCCCUCAUGCAGCCCCUAAACCGAAGAACGCCAAGCUACAGUGUUUGUGAUUUGAGUCAGGCAAGAGAGAUGUUGGUGCAAGGAUCGCCUCUGUCGCUGGUGUCCAAGGAAACUAAGGUCCCCAAAACGACCUUAUUUCGACUAAAGGAGCAGCUGGUGGAGGCCGGCCUGCUGCCCCCGUCCUGCAUCAGCCGCUUGCCACAGCCCCGCCGUUCCUGUGAGGCCUCCCUGCAGCAGGCUGUGGCCGCCUGCAGGGGGGGUAUGUCCCAGGGGAGGGCCUCUGAGAAGUUCCAGGUUUCCAAGACGACUAUAUGGCGCCGUCUGAAGCAACUCAAGGAAUCCACACAAGACAGUGCUACACCCCACCCCCCCACCUCCCCUACCACCACCACCACCACCACCACAAUGAAGAUGGAAGAGGAGGAGGAGGAGGAGGAGGAGGAGGAAGAGGAGGGGAGGUUUGGGGACAUUGCACUAGGUUACCCCCCCAAAACCUCCCCCACCUCCUCUCCUGUUGUGAAGAGGGAGGAGGAGGUGGAGGAGGAGGAGGGGGAGGAGGGGAUUGGGGUGGAGGUGGUGGGGGUGGAGGAGGAGGAGGAGGCGAGAUUUGAGCUGGAAAUGCCUUUGGUGAAUCUGCCGGGGGUUACCAGGUGGUGGGGAGUGAGAUAGUGAUAGGCGAGGGGCAGGUGGUGGUACUGGAGGCCCCCCCACCCACCCCUGCCACCACCACAACCUCCACCACCCCCCAACCACACCACCACCACCACCACCUUGUUGUGGCUGCCUUCGAUGAGAUGGAAGGGAUUGAAAUGACACAGACUGAGAACAUUGAGGAGGACGCCAGCCACUUACAGUAGGAGGAGGAGGAGGAGGAGGAGGAGGAGGAGGAGGAGGAGGAGGAAGAAAGAAGAAUUAAGAGGAGGAGGAGGAGG